GCUGGGCCGGGUGCCAGAUACUGGGAUCAGCCACUGCAGCUCCCUGAGCACUCUCUCCACAGACGGGGACCCAGACAUGAGGAGGGUCCUCAUGGUUACCAGCCUGGUGGCUGUGCUGCUGUGGGAGGCAGGUGCGCCCUCAGCACCCAAGGUCCAAGUCAAACACCGGCCCUCAGAGCAGGAGGCAGAGAAGGCCUGGGGCGCCCGCGUGGUGGAGCCUCCAGAGAAGGACGACCAGCUGGUGGGGCUGCUCCCUGUCCCGAAGCCGAAGCUCUUGACCGCUGAGAAGUCACCAGGUCAGGGCAGGUGCCCCGUCCUUCCAGGCCUCGAGGCCUGGGUGGAGACUGAGGACAUCCUGGGCCAUGUCCUAAGCCCCCAGCAGGGUCCUGAGCCCGACCAUGACAGCCUGCACCACCCUCCGCCCGAGGAGGACCAGGGCGAGGAGGGGCCUCAGUUGUGGGUGAUGCCAAAUCGCCAGGUGCUCCAGGGACCGGAGGAAGACCAAGACCACAUCUACCACCCCCAGUAGGGCUCCAGGGGCCACCACUGCCCCUCCCUGUCCCACAGCCCAGGCUGUUGGGACUGGAACCCUUCCUACCCUCCCCCUGCCAGAGGUAGGCAAAUAAACCCCAGCAGGCCGGGC